AUGGAAUGUAUCCCAGGAAAAUACAACAACACCUGCGAACAGAACUGUUCAGGAAAUUGUAAAGACAGAUUAUGCAUAAAGGAUACUGGACACUGUUCUGGUUGUUCAGGAGGAUUUCACGGUACAAACUGUUCGAUGAAAUGCAAUAGCAUUUGCGUUAAAUGUGAUCAGCAGAGCGGGGAAUGCACGGACUGUAAGGCGGGUUUAUACGGAGUGAAGUGCAACAUGACAUGUGGCCAUUGUAGUAGCUGUGAUAUAGACACUGGUGCUUGCGUGACCGAAUGUGAAUCUGAUUACGAAGGGGAAUUCUGCAAUACAAAACAAGCCCAACAAUCCGAAAGUCCACCACCAGUAGACGUUGGACCAAUAGUAGGAGCUAUUGUAGGGGUGAUUGUUGUAGCUGUCAUCGCUAUUGUUAUUGUCAUCAUCGUCAGAAGACGUCGCUUGAGUGCUGGUAAAGAGGAAUCCCUUACUGAUAUCGGUCGUUCCAAUGUACACCAGAAUGACGUAUACAGUGAUCCACCAGAAACAGAACACCUGUCUGUCAAAUCUGAGGCGGCAGCGGAAAACAUCUACAGUAAUACACCAGGUGAUGCUUGUUUCCUCUUGAUUUACACAUAA